AUGAGUUCUUCUGUGGUCAAUAAAGAAGUGAGCAAGAUAUAUACCGACAGUGUCAAGACUGGCUCAGAAUUUAGCUCUUCAGAAAAAGGAACCUUUCUAUACAGAUUCAGAGAUUCAUUCAAGAGAGUGGAUUUAGAUGCUACGAUAGACGAAGAUGACUCGAAGUAUACUGCUGAAGAGAAGGUACAGUUGCGACUGGCUAAACAGCCUCUGAAAAAGGCAUUAAUGCAAAGACAUUUGACCAUGAUAGCAAUCGGGGGCACUUUAGGUACUGGUUUAUUUAUUGGUUUAGGCUACUCAUUAGCGUCAGGUCCAGGCUGUCUACUAAUUGGUUUCAUACUUGUUGGUCUUUCCAUGUUUUGUGUCGUACAGAGCGCUGCAGAACUCUCGUGCCAAUAUCCUGUUUCGGGUUCUUAUGCUACACAUGUAACCAGAUUUAUUGAUGAAUCAAUCGGUUUUACAGUUUCCACAAAUUAUGCACUAGCUUGGCUAAUAUCGUUUCCCAGCGAACUCAUGGGAAGUGCAAUGGUGAUCCAAUACUGGAACGAUUCUGUGGAUCCUGCCGUCUGGAUUGCCAUAUUCUAUCUUUUUGUGAUGUUCCUAAACCUUUUUGGUGUUGAAGGCUUUGCUGAAACAGAGUUCUGGCUUUCAAUAAUCAAAAUAUUGGCCAUUAUCAUUUUCAUUAUCAUCGGAAUCGUACUUAUAUGUGGUGGAGGUCCCGGUUCCAGUGGUUAUAUAGGUACAAAAUACUGGCACAAUCCAGGUUCUUUUGCCCAUCCAGUUUUCAAGAGUCUAUGCAAUACAUUCGUUUCAGCUGCCUUUUCGUUUGGCGGUGCUGAAUUGGUUCUCUUGACUGCAGCUGAAUCGAAAAAAAUAUCUGCCAUUUCUAGAGCUGCAAAGGGAACUUUUUGGAGAAUUGCUGUCUUUUACAUUACCACUGUUGUCAUAAUUGGAUGUCUAGUACCAUAUACAGACGAGCGACUUCUUGGCGCCUCAAGUGAUGAAGAUGUCACCGCUUCGCCAUUUGUCAUUGCCCUAACUAAUGCUGGUUCAAUGGGCUCAAGCGUGGCAAAUUUCAUGAAUGUUAUUAUUCUUGUUGCCGUAAUUUCUGUCUGUAAUUCAUGCGUCUAUGCUUCUUCAAGAGUAAUCCAAGCAUUAGGUUCAGCUGGCCAAUUACCAAGAAUUUGCGGCUACAUUGACAAGAAAGGAAGGCCAUUGGUGGGUAUUGUCAUCUGUGGUAUCUUUGGUCUAUUGGCUUUCCUCAUUGACUGUUCUGAGGAAGGCACCGUUUUCACCUGGUUAUUUGCAUUGUGUUCCAUAUCUUCAUUCUUCACCUGGUUCUGUAUAUGCUUCUCUCAGGUAAGGUACAGAAUAGCCUUGAAAAAACAAAAUAGAUCGAAUGACGAGAUCGCAUAUAAGUCAAUGCUGGGUAUCUAUGGUGGUAUAUUAGGUUCUCUUCUGAACAUAUUGCUAAUCAUGGGGGAACUUUACGUCUCAAUUUCUCCAUUGGACGAAUCACCAAGUGCAUCUGCAUUCUUCGAGAAUUGUCUCAGUAUACCGAUUAUGAUUGUCGUCUACAUUUUUCACAAAACAUACAAGAAAGGCUGGAGAUCACUGUUUAUUCCUCUAAAACACAUCGACUUGGACACUGGUAGAGCCGUGGAAAAUCUUGCACUGUUCAAACAACAACGUGAAGAACAAAAAAUAAUAAUUGCUUCCAAGCCUUUCUACUACAGAGUGUAUAGAUUCUGGUGCUAA